CCUUGAGAAAAUAAGAAAGAAAUGGGACGAAAACAAGAAGGCCCCUCACCCACACCCAACGCUCUUCCCAUUCCGCCAAGACCCCUUUGCUCAGAAAAGAAAACCCUUCCCUUGUCAUCCAUCUCAUCGACCCCUCUCCUUUCCUUUCUUUCUCUCGCCAUUAUUUCUCUAGUCUUGUCUUUUUCCUUCACCCGACCAACAACUGAGAGAAUUAGUGAGAUGAAAAUGGUGGAGGCAGAAGCUCCAAAAUCAGCUCAAAAGAUUGAAACUUUUGUGGAUGUGAACCAAUCCCACGUGGAUACUUGUAUAAGUAUAACUAUUACCUGCCAGUUAACAUGCAUCCAUCUCAUCUUUCUUCUUUGUCCACUGUCCACUAUACUGUUAUGCAGAAAAUCUUCUGCCAAGGAGGGUUGUUCUCCUGCAACCAUAAUUGAGUGGUUUGAAUAAGGGAGAGGGCGCGGGGACACCAGAUGUGUACAAAGAAGUACUGGGAGAUGGAUGUUUCACUGCAACUACACAAACCCCACCUGGAGGAUUAAUUGCAGCUAAGGUGUUUGAUAAUUUGACUGACUGAAGGGAGCAGCAUUUUUCCUUCGACUGUCAUUAUUUGAGAAAAAAACCCAGAUCGAGAUAUGGUUAUUACUAUAAAGUACUUGCUUUUUCUCUCGCGGGAAUGGCGGAGCUGCAGGAAGUUGCGCCAACCACAACAACUGUUCCUUUCAAUAUAACAUGUCGAGAAAAAAGGAGCUUCUUUCUGCUACAAUGAAGAGGACCAGCGACUGGAUUUUCUCCCAAGAAAUUUCCAGCGAUGUUACAGUUUAUGCUGGUGGAGCUCCUUUCUCAUUGCAUAAGUUUCCAUUGGUGUCAAAGUCAGGCUACAUAAGAAAGCUAGUGUCUGAAGCUAGUGAUGCUGAUCUCUCGGAGAUCCAAAUCCCAGAAAUCCCCGGCGGGCGAGAAGCAUUUGAGCUCGCAGCAAAGUUCUGCUACGGAAUCAACUUCGAGAUAGGCACAGAGAACAUUGCAGUCCUAAGAUGCGUGGCAGAGUAUCUGGAGAUGACCGAGGACUACUCAGUUGGAAACUUGGUGUCGAGAGCUGAAGCCUAUCUAAAUGAGGUGGCCCUCAAGAGCCUCGCUGGGGCAGUUUCUGUCUUGCAUCAUUUGGAAAGCCUCGGCCAUAUUGCAGAGAAAGUGAAGCUGGUGAGCCGAUGCAUAGAUGCCAUAGCACUCAUAACCUGCAAUGAAACCCAAUUCUCAAUCUCAGCCAGGUCUGAUGGUGGUACUGCAUUGGAAGCCCAACCAAAGCCCAUAGUUGAUUGGUGGGCUGAAGAUUUGACUGUUCUCAGGAUUGAUCUAUUUCAGAGAGUUCUGAUUGCAAUGUUGUCAAGAGGGUUCAAGCAGUAUGCCCUUGGCCCUGUACUCAUGCUCUAUGCUCAGAAGUCCCUCCGAGGUUUGGAGACAUUUGGCAAGCCUCGGAAAAAGAUUGACCCACAACAAGAGCAUGAUAAAAGGGUUGUUGUAGAAACAAUAGUUAGCCUUCUGCCAAGGGAGAGAAAUGCAAUGUCUGUAAGCUUCCUAUCUAUGCUGCUUCGAGCUGCAAUCUACCUCGAGACUACUGUUGCCUGCAGGCUUGAUUUGGAGAAGAGGAUGGCCUCACAGUUAGGACAAGCUGUACUAGACGAUCUGUUGAUUCCUGCAUAUUCAUUGACAGGGGACACAAUAUUCGAUGUGGAUACAGUGAAGCGUAUCAUGAUGAACUACACUGAAAGUGAAGUGGAAGCUGCUGGGAACAUUAGAUUGGGUGGGUACAAUGCCAGUGACGACGAUUAUGUCUCUCUUCGGCUGGGUGAUAUGGAGAGGGUUGGGAAGCUUAUGGAGAACUACUUGGUUGAAAUAGCCUCGGACCGGAAUUUGGGUAUGUCUAAGUUCAUUUCUGUUGCUGAACUCGUUCCUGAACAGUCGAGGGCUGUGGAGGAUGGAAUGUACCGAGCCAUCGACAUAUUCCUUAAGGCUCAUCCAGAGUUAAGCGACAUGGAGAAGAAGAAAGUGUGCAGCGUAAUGGACUGCCAGAAACUAUCACGGGAGGCCUGCGCUCAUGCCGCUCAAAACGACAGGCUCCCCGUCCAAACCGUGGUUCAAGUCCUCUUCCACGAGCAACAACGCCUCCGAGACGCCAUGAACAACAACACUACCACUCCCAAGGUCCCACUCUACUCCACCGACAUCCAUCCUGUUGUCGUCCCUCAUCGUCACAACGAUGACCUCUCCGCACUGAAGCGAGAGAACCAAGACCUGAAAAUCGAGCUGGUCAAGAUGAAGAUGAAGCUCAACGAAAUCGAGAGAUCGUCCAGUACUGGUACCAAAUCAGCAGCUGGGAGUCCAAUGGCGAGCAGCAGAUCGUCACAGUCUGCUGAUAAGCCUCCUCUGCCGCCUUCUAAGAAGUCGUUCAUCAACGUGGUGUCGAAGAAGCUAGGAAGGAUAAAUCCUUUCGUGCGCCUUGAUGGUGUGUCGCCGUCUAAAGGUCGCACGAGGCCGCCUAAAGAUCGGCGCCAUUCUAUAUCUUGACACACCACAGCGAGAAGUCUUAUGCAUCAUUCAUGUUCAUGUGUUUAUUUAGUAUUGUUGCGUCUGUUACUGACUUUCUGUAUUGGAUUUUUGGAUCUUUCGGGUUUCUACUACACUUCUUUGGUUAAUGGUGUGCUCUGAUAAUGUAAAUAAUAUUUUUGUGAUCAUUGGUAGAUGCACAAGUAGGGAUGGCAACAAAACCCGAACUCACGGGUACCCAUCCGACCCAACCCGGUCAACGCGGGUAAAAUUCGUGUUGAUUGGUUUUGGGCCGGGUUUAGGUUUCAACCCGCUACACUAUUCACUGGGUCGGGUUGGGUUUGGGUUUAGGUAAACCCGCCCCAUGGGUAUCC